AUCAUCAAGGACAGAGAUCAUAUGACUGAUAGACUACACAAUUGUUAUCAAGUUGCUAAAUUAUUAUUAUUUUGUUAUGUAUCUAACUAGGUGUAGCUCUGAGCCUGUGACAUGGAAAGUUUCUAAUCUCAAUUCCUCCAUCUCUUCAAAUCUCACCUAUCCUGAUGUAUAUUUAUACAGGAUACAUCGGUUCAUGUUUGCUGAUUCAUCCAAAGGAAAAGAUGGAUUUGCAUUUUUGCAGUGGCCUUGUGAUUCUGAAAGAAGUUAGAAAAAUGCAGACAGUAGCUGUUUUUUCAGUAGGCUUACAGAAUUCGUGUAGGGUACUUUGUAUGCUCACAACCACGGUUGUUGAGGUCUGUUAAGAGAAGUAAUAUAUAAGCAGACAAGCA